AUGUGCCCGAUUCCCUCAUCUUUCUCGACGGCUUCCUGUGCCACGGCAUCAGCACAUGCAGCAGCAAAGGAACGACUGACUUACUUCGCUCUUCCCUCUGUGCUCGUUACGCUUGGUGUGCCAUACUUUGCCACCACGAUCCUCAACACGUCCACGACAUCGACCGCCAUGCGCGUCCAUACACUCGCCUCCUCCCCACCGCUCUGUAUACCUGCACCCCAGGCCAAGAGCGUCACGAUCAGCAUCCUGAUGCCGACCUCACCCGGACAAAUCGAAUUAGGUGGCCAGGUCAAGGAACUUGUCGCGGGCGCCACCAGACGACCUAUGCUAUCGCGCCGUUCUUGUGGCUGA